CCAACCUACAGCUAACCGCCUCCUCCUGUCAGAGUGCCGCUGUGUCUGAGGAGAAAAACUGACGAGAUUAUUACGAUUAAUACGAAAUAUUGCUCCAUGUCUGGCGUUAUUAAUUAUUAAGUAACGUUAUUUAUUAAGCUGGGCAACGAUGGAAGAAGGCUUACGGUUUUAACGUCCUGUUUAGCCUUGUGAAGCUAUGCUAGCUCUGUUGUUUGGUAGGUUGUUAGCCUCAAGCUAACAAUCCCUCGUUAGCCUCAAGCGUGUAAAUCCUGGGUAAAAGCGAAUUAACGCAUUUGUAUUAUAUUAUAUUUCCACCUGCAACCGGUGAUCUGUGAAAGUGAUCUGUUUUUUUAAGCUGCCUAAUGACACAACGCAUCUUCACUCUAAUUUUGUCUUAAAUGUUGUUGUCCGACGUCACUGACAUCUUUUACCUCAGUGCGUUUUACCUCAGUGACUGACUUGGUUUCUUGGCCACAACAUGAGAUUGUUGGUGUUUUUUUUUAUUUACGAGUGUCACUGACAGAAAGCUCGAAUCCAGACGGAUCCUUGGGAUACUAACUAUGUGCUUUAAAAUAAUUCCUUGAUCCAGGAUCUUAUUAUUUUAUUCCUUGUAACAAAUAAUGUCAUAGUGUGCGCAUUUCAGAUGUACACAGUAAAUUGUUGAGUUUUAAUCUGCUUCCCUCCAGCUGUAACACCAUGAAUUUUGUCCGGCUCGUGUGCCGCCAUAAGACUGCCCUGGUGCUCGGGGUCCUCUGUUUGUUCGUCACAGUCCUCAUUUUCCUCGCCAAAUGCACCUCGGAGACACUGAAACCUCCCGACUCGCCUGGCUCCGCACCACGGGCUCAACCCCGACCCGAGCGUCCAGCUUCACUUUCUGACGCCAAGGAGAUCUCGGCUUUCCUGGUGGUCCUCGUUACUACGGGUCCAAAAUACACGGAGCGGCGCAGCAUCAUCCGCAGCACCUGGCUCUCCAAAACCGACCCUGAUGUGCUUGCUUUGUUCGCAAUUGGCACUCUGGGCUUACCAUCCGAGGACAUGCGGAAUCUAGAGACGGAGCAGAUGCGUCACGGAGACCUUCUCCUCCUCCCCGAACUCCGUGACUCCUAUGAGAACCUGACACUAAAGUUGAUACAUGCCUACUCAUGGCUCGAUCAAAAACUGGACUUCAGGUUCGUCCUGAAGGCAGACGACGAUACGUUCGCCCGUUUGGACCUGCUCAAGGAGGAGCUCAAGAGUAAGGAGCCUAGACGCCUUUACUGGGGCUUUUUCUCUGGACGAGGCCGCGUCAAAGCGGCCGGAAAGUGGAAAGAGAGCACCUGGGAGUUAUGUGACUAUUACAUACCGUACGCUUUAGGCGGUGGCUACGUGCUCUCUGCAGAUUUGGUGCAUUAUGUACACUUGAACUCUGCUUACCUGAAGACAUGGCAGAGCGAGGACGUCUCUCUGGGCGCCUGGCUCGCGCCAGUUGAUGUGAAACGGCUGCAUGACCCGCGCUUCGAUACCGAGUACAAAUCGAGGGGUUGCAGCAAUAAGUAUCUGGUCACUCACAAGCAGAGUCUGGAGGACAUGCUCGAGAAGCACCAGACGCUGCAGAGAGACGGACGCCUGUGCAAAGAGGAGGUGAAGCUACGCCUGUCGUAUAUUUAUGACUGGAGCGUUCCGCCAUCGCAGUGCUGCCAGCGCAAAGACGGUAUCCCUUGACUUCCCUGAGGAUGUCUCACACAUUCAUUGUUAUUUUUAGUGGUCUGUGCUUGACCAGCCAGCGGCUUAUGUGGACUUGCGUCACAAUGUUACGCUCUAACAGUCCUCUUCUGUAUGUUUGGGCAGUUCCUUUUAAGUCCAGGCGUGACCAUGUCCAAGCUAGAUGCUGAGUGGAUUUGCAGAUAUGGGCAACAUUUAAUGGACAAAAAGCAUUGUGGAUCAUAGUUAAAACUUGGGAUACAUUUAUUUAAUAUGACUUUUAUUUAUUUGGAUUGUACCAAUGCAAUGAGUAAAACCUAACUGGAACAAAAUGCUGACAAGCAGAAAAAUCACAACAGAAAUGGAUUUGCAUAUUUCAGCUGCUGCAUACAUAAUUUUAUGAUGUUUUUUUAUUUAUUUUUUACACUAACAGACAACAUUGCUCACUUCACACUUGUUAUAUUUCAAAUAGCUCUUAAAAAUACUGUAGCAGGCAGUAUCGUGUACGAGAUCUCAUUUGCCUGUUUACAUGUCAAUUUUGAAAUACCAUCAGUUGUAUUAAUAACACUCUGUUACUACUGAGCCACAGAUUAUACCUCCUUCAUGUUGUUCUCUCAAACGUUUUUGUUGCGCAGUGCAUCUGUGAUCGUUAUUUUAUUAUAAUAAAAUUCUAAUGAAACGCCA